CGCAUCUACUGGGCAAUAUUGCCGGAAUAUAUGACAACCAAGAAAGAGACACUUACAAAGCAACAGACAAUGUCUUUAAUGCUUUUAUUACUUUUUACAUCAAAAAGGAGUUUUCAGUCUCAUAACAGAUCAUUUUUGCUAUGUGACAGUGGCAGGCAGUCAUAGGUUGGCUCUGCUCGCUGUCAGUCAUGGCCCUCUUAGUGGGAUUGGCCUAUGUACUGAGAGAUGUCCCGCCCUAUCUGUCCCUUUCUCAUGCUGUUUAUCAGGGGACACACCGCUCGCUUUGGGCCCUGGCUUUGGUCUGGAUCAUCCUGGACUGUGAGGAAGGAUACGGAGGUUUUGUGGAUAAAAUUCUGUCUCUAGGCCUUUGGGCUCCUUUGUCUGACAUCAGCUUUGAUUGUUAUCUGAUUCACCCCAUCAUUAUUAUACUGUACAACGGCAAUCAAGAGACAACCAUACACAACACAGACUCCAACUUUGUAAGUAUUGCCUUCAAAUAAAUGCAA